CGGUGAAGUGAAACGUCAAAAUCAUCUGGUCGAAAACAAAACAGUUCGGGCGGAUUUUGGCUUCAACUCGAAUAGUUUUGCUGCAAAUAAAAUUGCUAGGUAUUUCGGAUGUGAAAUCGAAGAGUGGAGAUGUCCUUUAAGCUGGAAUCCCGGUGGAGCAAGCGGGGCAUCAAAAAAUGUCCCAAAUGUGGCACCUUCAACGGUCAUCGGGCAGCACAGUGCAAGAACAAACAGUGCGGUCAGGUCUUGAAGGGUGGUGGCCCAUUGCUGGGUAACAGUGGGAAAAUAGUAGAAAAAUGUGAUCAACUUAUGGCGGUACAAUUACAAGCCGAACUCGAAGAUCAAUCUGCGAAGCUGUACAGUAUCCGGCGGUUGAACGGGAACAAGGAGGACCGUGGUUUUGUGGAAAUAAGGGACUGUGUGGACGGAGCGGACGAGCAACUGGAACUGAAGACUGGAAUCUGUUACGUGGAUUGUGAACCCCACACGGAUAUAGACGGUACAUGUCAACAUGUACGGGUUGCUGCUGCCACUGAAGAGGUGGCGGAGGGUCUCGUGAUCAACAAGGAAGUGCUAGAGAAGAUUGACGCUACGGAUGUGGAGAAGCAAGAAAUAUGGAAACAACAGAUAAGUUCUGGUGCGGACGAUCCACUGGUUCAGAGAGUUUCAAAUGAUAUAUUCGUGGUCAAAUGCUACGACGAUUUGCACCAGUUGGUUCCGUACUGCCAUGUAGAGCUAAAGAUGCCAUCAAGUGUCACCUGCGAUUGCCAAGGUCUGGAUCGGAAUCAUCAAAAAAUUGUUGCAGCCGCUGUUUUCAGCAGCCCUAAGUAUAAAUCGGAAUAUGAAAGUACAUUCCAUCACUUGUUCCUUACGUCAAUCCAAGCUUCCAUUGAAACCCCAACGCUAACCAACUUGGUGCUAUUGCCAAAUGAUUUUACGUCGGAUGGUUCUUCCGCUUUACAGUCCGCGGAACAAUUUCUCGUUACAACGAUUGAUGAAUCGUCAGCAUUAACCAACACUGAUAUGCAGCUGAUCAACUGCCGGUUAGAAUUUGAAGCAAAUCUGGCUCCAUCCGAUUACGUCGAUGUUUGUAAAGAGGAGAAUCUUUCUGAUUCGCCAGUUAUUGAGUUAAUCAACAGUACAGAACGGGGUAUUUCACCAGAAGAGGUAUUUGCUCCAAACUAUGAUGAAAAUCUUCAGCUAAUGGACUGCCAGAUAGAAUUGAUGGAUCAAUUUAGUCUGACGGAUCAGAUCGACUUCUGUCCAUCGGAUAUCGAACUCAGCGACGACAAUGUGGUGUUUCCAGCUGACGAGGAACUUGGCUUGGUCGUUGAACCGUCUUCGACUGUUAGUCUGGAAUUGGGAAUCGAAGCGAAGAAAGUUACGAAAAAGAAGCCCGUUAAGUUAUUGGAAGUGACUACGAAGAAGGCUGCUCUGAGACAAUCGAGUAAGAUUGAUAAGGAGCACAUGAAAAAGGGAAGCUACAACGUGCGAAGGCUGAUGAGAGUGCUUGAGUCGAAUGGAGUAGUAUUCAACAGACUGACGCGGGUCGAAGCAAACGCUAUGAUGACCACACAUUGCGGUGCGAAUGAUGGAAACAGCAAUGGUUCUCUGCCUUCGUUUGAAGCGACGUUGUGCAAUUUGACUUUUACCAGCUGGCUGGAAUCUGUGAUAGAACAGCUUAAUUCUGUGAUACAAUACGGUGGCGAUGGGAAACCUGAUGUGCAGAUUUUCAGCAUUCACGAGAACUUUUUUCAGUGCCUUCGGGCUCGCUUCUCCGUUGGCCAUAGACUGAGAACGCCUGACCAUAACAUUAUCCUAGAAGAUGGCCCCCGUAAAGGGCUAACCUGCCAUAUCUACAAGUUUACCUGUUACAAAAGUCUGCGAAAUGUGUUUAAAACCAAUAAGACUGCUCUACAGUUUGAAAAGUCCUUCUGCCGAGCGGCGGACGGAACUUUCGAGGAAAUAGAUCUGAGUGAGUCGUUGAAGGAUCAGCAAAAUAGCACAAAAGGUGUGGCAAUUAAACCAUUCCAGUACAAAACCUACAUCAAGAUGGGCACUUACCGCAGUGGACAUGGCAAGAACGUGCACUACUUUACCGUCGAGUGGAUUGCGGGAGUGCUUCCGAAAUGCCGAUUCGGAGAGCUACGAAUCACCUUCCAGUAUGGACACAAGGAAAACCAUCUGUACGUGAGGCCUCCCUUACAGAAAACAAUCCCCGAGACCGGACAGGAUAUUUCGGCAUCGAAUGAAAUGCUCAGGACAAACGAUAAUUUACAUAAAGCUUUAUAAUGGGGGUUGGAAUGUGUAAAAUAUACAUCUCAAAGGGGAUUAACUAUUCCUAACGGACACAAUGCAAAUAAAUAUGUCGUUUUACAAAUAAACAGUGAUGACUAACCUGUAAAAGUAGAUCUAAAACUGUACUGCGACUUGUGUCAACUACUGCGCUGCGAAAUAGAAAUCCGAAAAGCAUUUGAAUCUAUCACAAUUUGUCGUACUGCGCAGAACUACUUGUAACU